AUGUGCACGGGGGAGUGGAGAGGGAUGGGGGUAGCCCGUUCCCCAUCACAUGAAUCAGUGACAACAGAUUUGUCCCUGUUUAGUGUUUCAUCUGCUGCUUCUGAUGCUAGAGUACUGCGGUUGCUCGCCUGUAAGGCUGGCCAAGGACCGGAGCCAUCACUUCGUGUUGCUAGUCCCAAUCCUGAAGGAAAGGCAUUAAGCCUUCGUCGAGGUUCACCGGCAGUACCGCUUCAGAGUGACGCUUGUCGGGACCUACUGGCAGGUUGCGCGUCCCUCUGUGCCCAAUUGGGACUUCGCAGGUCAUUCAGUGCUGGUGAUGUGUCUGCUCCGGGUGUUCCACCGCCUGUCAGAUCCGCGACUUCAGAAGUUGGUCUAUGCGCUGCCCUGGAAGCCUUAACUUUGAAUGCAGCAUCACGUUCUUGCAGCACUUGGGUGGCUGUAGGUGGUUCUCAGCUACCAUCACCACAAAGGUCGCAGCCGGUCCCACUCCCACAAAGGACGCUUCCAACUGACAAUAAAAAGGUCCGCCAAAGCUACAUCAAACGACGUUUGAUUACGACCUACAGAGCAUUGGAGAGAAUGUCUCAAUCUGAAUUCAAUUUGGACAAGUUAGAGGCAGCCGCAGCAAGUGCGGUAUCAGCUGUGAAUCCGGGCCCUAUCACCAUCACAGUGCCAACUAAAAACACAAGUUUCGUUCAUGAAGAAGCGGCACAUUUAGCUUUGACAACAGCCGACCUUGAGCGGGAACGGGGAAGGGCUCUGUCUAAGUAUGAGCGUAACAUGAUGAUAUUCAACUGGCUUCAUACAUUGGACGAGGCAUCGCCAUUUUAA